AUGGGUCUCCUCACAACUAAGAACGUUGGUGGUUGGACGUGGAUUACGAAGGAAACCACAAACUGGACAAACUGGAAAAGCGGGGAGAUAAUCAAUUCAGCGAAUGAAAAGUGCUCCUCAUCUUCAGUUCAUUCCGGCACAUCUUGGAGUGAUCGAGGAUGUGACCGCGCUUUUGCGGAAGCCGUAUGUGAAUCAAGACCUAACGUUGCAUGUAACUGUGAAACAAAAAUUGGACAAGCCACAAUCUACAAUGUAAAUAAACAUGGUAUUGUGAUGGGGAAACGCCGGUGUUGUUGUCAAAAGUCAGAAGAAAGCAGUUACUUUAAGAAAACUCCAGUAAACGACAAUACCCAAUAUACCAUAAAAGCGAAUAUAACCAAAGAUUCCCUCUUAGAGUGCUCCAUUGAAUGUGUCCGAGAGUUUUACUGCGUUGCCUUCUCAUAUAACAAAACCCCGAAGCAAUGUACUGUGUUGGUUUCAUAUUUAAAACUUGAAAGCCAAACGCCAGUCUCACCGACAGCACGAGGAGACUACAUAUGUCUUUAAUCCCAAAAUGCCUCCAAGGCUUCAUUCUUGUGUUAACAUGUAUAUGUGUGUGCGGGGGGUGGGGGGGGUGCAUGCACAUUUGCAUACAUGUCCAUAAACAGGUAUUCUUGAACCUAUGUAUGUGUAUAGACAUAUAACUGCACCGAUAUUAUGUUAAGGCUGAAAUUGCAAUGCUUACUAAUCGAUGCAGUAGAAACAUGU